CGAUGAAGGUUCUUGUUGUUGGCUCUGGUGGCCGUGAACAUGCCAUCUGCUGGGCUCUAGAAAAGUCAUCCAAAGUUGAAUCGAUCUAUGUUUCUCCAGGUAAUGGAGGCACUGCGUCUACAUCCAAAUCAAUCAAUGUGCCCAUCAAACCUGUUGCUCCAGAAUUUACUGAAUUAGUUCGAUUUGCCGUUGAUAACCAGAUUGAUCUUGUUGUUGUUGGACCUGAACAACCACUUGUUGAUGGAAUUCACGGUGCAUUUAAAAAGGUUGGAAUUUCCUGCUUUGGACCGUCCAAGGAAGCUGCUCAGCUUGAAGGAUCUAAAGCAUUCUCCAAAGUGUUUAUGGAUCGUCAUCACAUUCCCACUGCUGCAUACAAGACGUUUACAAAGUACGAGGAGGCUGAGGCAUAUCUACGUCAAUACAAGGGCAAAUAUGUCAUCAAGGCAUCUGGUCUUGCAGCAGGAAAGGGUGUUUUGAUUCCCGAAACUCUCGAGGAAGGCAUUACUGGUCUCAAGUCCAUCAUGGUUGAUUCCGUAUUUGGUUCUGCUGGUAGCGAGGUUGUCAUUGAAGAGCGUAUGGAAGGGGAGGAAGUUUCCAUUCUUGCGCUAUCAGAUGGUUACACUGUAAUUCCAUUCCCAGCGGCACAAGAUCACAAACGAGCCUAUGAUGGCGACAAAGGUCCUAAUACUGGUGGUAUGGGUGCAUAUUCUCCCACUUUAGUCUACACGUCUGAUCUCGCCGCGCAGGUUAAAAGGACCAUCCUUCAGCCCACCAUUGAUGGCAUGCGUAGAGAUGGACAUCCGUUUAUUGGUGUUCUUUUUGUUGGUCUUAUGCUGACCCCAACCGGACCCAAGGUGGUCGAGUUCAACUGUCGUUUUGGUGAUCCUGAAACGGAGGUUGUUCUUCCAUUGCUGGACGAUCACUGCGACCUGUUUGAAAUCAUGAUGGCAUGCACACAAGGCCGCUUGGACUCUGUUCCUGUUUCCUUUAAGCGUCAAUUUGCCGUCACUGUUGUUGGUGCUUCCAAGGGAUAUCCUGGAUCUUACGAAAAGGGAAAGAAAAUAGAUCUUCCUGCAUCUCUUGACAAAAAUGUCAUGAUCUUUCAUGCCGGAACUUUGGUUUCGAACAAUCAGCUGGUGAGUUCUGGCGGCCGUGUUCUUGCAGUCACUGCCGUCACAGACUCUUUAUCCAGUGCACUUGAGAGCGCUUACAAAGUCAUUUCUCAAAUCAAACUAGAUGGAAUGGAGUACCGUACGGAUAUUGGUCAUCGUGCGUUAGCUUUACUUCAAUCGCGCACACGUACAGGUGCUACUUAUGCCGAUGCUGGUGUGAGCAUUGAUGCUGGCAACCUUCUUGUUGAAAAAAUCAAGCCAUUUGUCAAAGCAACUCGUCGUCCAGGCGCUGAUGCAGACCUCGGUGGAUUUGGCGGUAUUUUUGAUCUUAAAGCAGCUGGAUACAGAGAUCCAGUGCUUGUUUCUGGUACAGACGGUGUUGGAACCAAGCUUAAAAUUGCUCAAGCUGUUCGCAAGCACGACACCAUUGGUAUUGAUCUUGUUGCCAUGAGUGUCAAUGACGUGAUUGUUCAAGGUGCCGAACCUCUAUUUUUCCUUGAUUACUAUGCAAGCAGCAAGCUUGAAAUUGAGGUUGCCAAAGACGUUGUUGCUGGCAUUGCCAAGGGAUGUUUAGAUUCUGGAUGUGCUCUUGUUGGUGGUGAAACUGCUGAAAUGCCAGGCAUCUAUCAACACGGCGAAUAUGAUCUUGCCGGGUUUGUUGUGGGUGCAGUGGAUCGUGAUCAGGUUCUCCCUAAACUCGAUCAAAUUAUUCCAGGAGAUGUUUUACUUGGACUGCCUUCUUCCGGAGUGCACUCCAACGGCUUUUCGCUUGUGCGUCACGUCGUUGGCAUGGCUGGUAUGGAUUAUGACUCUUUGUGCCCAUUCACUACCCCAAAUCCUGGCCAAACCCUUGGAGAAGCCCUCUUGACGCCAACACGUCUUUAUGUCAAGCAACUUCUUCCUGUUAUUCGUAAAAACCUUGUUAAAUCCAUGUCUCAUAUCACGGGCGGUGGUUUUAUCGACAAUGUGCCUCGUACUCUUCCAGAUCAUGUUGGUGUAGUGAUUGAUGCCAAUGCAUGGCCUCUUUUGCCUGUUUUCAAGUGGAUUAAAUCUGCAGGAGGAAUUGCCAAUCUUGAGCUUGCGCGCACUUUUAACUGUGGCAUCGGCAUGGUUUUAGUGGUUGCUGGUGAGCAUGUUGAACAGGUGAAACAGAUUUUGAUUGAGCAUGGCGAAACAGUAUACGAAAUUGGUCGUGUAGUGGAUCGUAAAGAGAAUGAGGAUGGUGCACAUGUUAAGAUGUUGAAUAUGGAGACUGCAUGGAGCUAGGCUGUGAAUUCAUAUAUUACUUUUAUCUAGAUUUGAUUCAAUCGUUUCUAUUUAGUUUUUAAAGAUAAAAUUUAUUUGUAAAGCUUC